AAUGUGGAGCCAUCUUGUCUUGGUUGAGGGAGAGGAUGAGCUCGGUGAGGGUCGUUAUCAGCCUGAAAAACCCCUUUCCUUUUGGUCGUAAUAGUAGGCUGCCGCCGCUGAAACCCACUCCACUCCGCAACAAGAUCCCCCCAGUCCUCUCCCCUCUGAAACCCACCGUCCGGACUUUGAGAGCCUCGGCGGCAGCGGCGGAGAUGGUGAAGGCGAUUCGAGUCCACGAGCUCGGCGGCCCCGAGGUCUUGAAAUGGGAGGAUGUGGAGAUUGGAGAACCCAGGGAGGGGGAGAUCCGAGUGAAGAACAAAGCGAUUGGUGUCAACUUCAUCGACGUGUAUUUCCGCAAAGGAGUAUACGAAGCAGAAUUGCCUUUUACUCCCGGAAUGGAAGCUGUGGGAGUGGUGACUGCUGUAGGCCCUGGGUUGACUGACAGAAAAGUUGGGGAUAUUGUUGCUUAUGCUGGCAAUCCAAUGGGUUCUUAUGCUGAAGAGCAAAUUCUUCCUGCAAGUGUUGCAGUUCCUGUUCCACCUGCAGUUGAUUAUAAAAUAGCGGCAUCUGUUCUGCUGAAGGGCAUGACUGCUAAUGUUCUACUUCGCCAAUGCUUCAAGGUAGAAGCAGGACACACUAUUCUUGUUCAUGGUGCAGCUGGUGGUGUUGGUUCACUACUUUGUCAGUGGGCAAAAGCCCUAGGUGCCACCGUCAUUGGAACAGUUUCAAGUGAAAAAAAAGUAGCUCAAGCAGCUGAGGAUGGAUGCCACCAUGUCAUAAUUUACACAAAGGAGGACUUUGUAGCCAAAGUCAAUGAGAUAACUGAUGGUAAAGGAGUUAAUGUUGUCUAUGAUUCCGUUGGAAGAGAUACAUUCCAGGGAUCCUUAGCAUGCUUGAUGUCACGGGGGUAUAUGGUCAGCUUUGGUCAGUCAUCAGGAAGACCAGAUCCAGUUCCCCUGAGUGACCUUGCUCAGAAAUCUCUGUUCUUGACUAGGCCUAGUCUCAUGCAUUAUACUGCUACCCGUGAAGAGCUUCUGGAAGCUGCUGGGGAGAUAUUUGCUAAUAUUGCAUCUGGUGUGCUGCGGGUUCGCAUCAACCAUACCUACCCAUUGUCUGAUGCAGCAUGCGCCCAUGCUGACCUUGAAGCAAGGAAAACUUCCGGUUCCAUAGUUCUGAUGCCGGAUAGCUAGAUGACAUGUUGCUUCAUAUCAAGUUGUUGGUGAAUAGUUCUGGGAAAAAUGUGAAUUACAUGGAUAUUUUUUGGUAUAUAUUGCUUUCAAAGUGAAUCCUGUCUUCCAUAAAGACAUGCAAUAAAAUCAUGAUCUAGAAUUUUGUUGAU